AAAUACGCUGUCACACUGGCUUGUUUUUCUUUUUAAAUUAAAUGCAUUUUAUACAUUUUUAGCAGAAAAAAAGAGUUUAAAGCAAUAUGCCGCCCACUAUUAACAAUUCAGUGGCAAAUAGCAGCGCCGACAAACGUCCGCAGCGGCAAACGGAACGAAAAUCGGAAAUCAUUUGCCGUGUGAAAUAUGGCAACAAUCUGCCAGACAUACCCUUCGACCUGAAGUUUUUGCAAUACCCCUUCGAUAGCAAUCGCUUUGUGCAGUACAAUCCCACGUCCCUGGAGAGGAAUUUCAAGUACGAUGUCUUGACGGAGCACGAUCUGGGCGUUACGGUGGACCUCAUCAAUCGGGAGCUGUACCAAGCAGAUUCCAUGACACUGCUGGAUCCCGCUGAUGAGAAACUGUUGGAGGAAGAGACCCUGGCGCCCACAGAUUCGGUGCGUUCGCGCCAACAUUCCCGUACAGUGUCCUGGUUGCGCAAAUCCGAGUACAUUUCCACGGAACAAACGCGCUUCCAGCCGCAAAAUCUCGAGAACAUCGAAGCCAAGGUGGGGUACAAUGUCAAAAAGUCUCUCCGCGAGGAGACGCUCUAUUUGGAUCGCGAUGCGCAGAUUAAGGCCAUCGAAAAGACUUUCCUGGACACAAAGACCGACAUCACCAAGCACUACUCCAAGCCGAAUGUGGUGCCCGUGGAGGUGCUGCCCGUUUUCCCCGACUUUACCAACUGGAAGUAUCCCUGCGCUCAGGUCAUUUUCGACAGCGAUCCUGCUCCUGUGGGCAAGAACGUGCCCUCUCAGCUGGAGGAGAUGUCCCAGGCGAUGAUUCGUGGUGUGAUGGACGAGAGUGGCGAACAGUUUGUCGCCUACUUCCUGCCCACGGAGCAAACACUUGAGAAGCGACGCGCCGACUUCAUUGCCGGUGAACUCUACAACGAGGAGGCGGAGUACGAGUACAAGAUUGCCCGCGAGUACAACUGGAAUGUCAAGACGAAGGCCUCCAAGGGCUACGAGGAGAACUACUUCUUUGUCAUGCGGCAAGACGGCAUCUACUACAAUGAGCUGGAGACUCGCGUCCGUCUCAAUAAGCGACGCGUCAAAGUUGGCCAGCAGCCCAACAAUACGAAGCUGGUGGUCCAUCAUCGCCCGUUGGAGGCCGUGGAGCAUCGCAUGCAACGCUAUCGCGAGCGCCAGCUCGAGGUUCCCGGCGAGGAAGAAGAGGGCGAAGUGCAGGUGGACGAGGAAAUGGAUGUUGACGAGGAGCCCACCCCAGCGCCAGCUGUAGAGAAAGAGAAGGCUGCCGAGGCAGCACCUGGAACCCCCAAGCCAGCCGCUGGCAGCGAUUCUCCUGCCCAGGUGGCACGUGACCGGCAGUCUCGAUCCAGGACCAAAACCCGCAGCCGCAGCGCCUCCAGCUCUGGCUCAGGCUCUGCCUCUGGGUCUGGGUCGCGGGCCAGCAGCCGGUCUAAGUCUGGCACACGCUCACCCAGUGGCUCCCGAUCGCGCACCAAUUCACCAGCUGGAUCCCAGAAGUCUGGCGCCGGCUCGGCCAGAUCUAGGUCGAGAUCGCAUUCAAAGUCACGCUCCAAGUCCGGUUCCCGCUCUCGCACACCCUCCAAGGCGGGCUCCCGCUCUCGCUCACCCUCGAAGGCCCGCUCUCGCUCGCACUCCAAGUCCGUCUCCAGAUCCCGUUCUGGCUCCCGCUCCGGCUCUGGCUCGCGCACGCCCAGCCGUUCGAGAAGUGGAUCGCCCAGUGGCUCCGGCUCCAGCUCAGGCAGCGGCGCCUCAGACGAGGAGUAAACAAAUAAGAGUCCCCAUUGUAAGAGUAAAAA